UCCUACCCUGGCUUUACCCCCAACAACCGCCUAGAGGCUCUCCCCGUACUCGUUCGCCAUCAUCGCCGAGCCGCGCUGCGCGACGGGGAUCGACGACUUCGCGACGGAGCGCUUCGAUUUGCGCGUGCCCGACGCCUUCGACGGCGCCUUGGCCGGCUUGGCCGCGGGCUUCUUGGCGGCCGGCUUCGCCGCAGGCUUCUUCGCCUUGGGCGAGGCGGCCUUCUUCGGGCUCUUCUUCGGCGCCGCUUUAGGUUUGGCGGGCGACUUCUUGGCGACCGUCUUCUUCUUCGCGGGGCUCUUCGCCUUCGAGGCCGGUUUCUUGGCGGGGCUCUUCUUCUUGGCCGGCGACUUGGCCUUCGAGGCGGGCUUCGCGGGCGACUUCUUGGCGGCCUUGGGCGACUUGGCGGCCGGCUUGGCGGCCUUGGGCGACCUGCGGUCGGCGCGGUCGGCCCGGACGCCGUCGACGCGACGUCGGACGCCGCCGUCGCGCUUGGCCUUCGCGGCGGGCUUGGCGGCCUUGGGCGACUUGGCCGCGGGCUUGGGGCUCUUCUUCGGCGUCGCCUUCUUGGGCGCGGGCCUGUAACGCGUUCGUGAGAAUAACAUAGGGUCCAGACACGGCUUGCUACUUCUUGGGGCUCUUCUUGGCCGACGCCGGCUUGGCGGGCGACUUCUUAGCCUUGGCCGCGGGCCUGUGGUGGGGGGUGUGGUGAAACUCCGAUUCGCGUCUCGAGAGCGUCGACAGUUUCACCGCGUGUGUAAGGCGACGCGCGCGCGCGACGGUGUUGACCGCUGCGGCGGGCUGCGGCGCUUGUCUUUUGAGAUGUGCGGCGCUCGAGGGCACGCGUACGUAAUGAUUACGCCGCAACAGUGCUUGGCGGGAUUCUUCUUUUUAGCCGCGGCCUUGGCCUUGGUGGGCUUCUUCGGGCUCUUCUUCGCCAUGGCUCACGUCAGGCUAGUGAUUCCGCUGGCGAUAAUUGCCAAAAUGCUGCGAGCGCGCGUAACAGCGCUGCCUUAUUCUCGCGCCGCGUUGUCUUUU